CGCCAAUUUUCAUUAGACGACAAUGCCAUUAUUUAAUGUUUACAUGUAUGUUCCCUAUAGACCUAAAUAUUUUAGACUUCAGUUAAAAGUUUUCAAUUAAAAACAAUUUAAUACUAAAAUAAACUUAUUAUUAGUUGGUUAAUUAACCAUGGAUGUCGCAGAUACUCAAACAGGAGUUAACAGGGUGCGGGAUCAGUUGAAAGUCAGAUCACAAAAAUUGUUUCAAGAUUUCCUCGAAGAGUAAGUCGUAAUUAUAAUAUUUUCAUUUAUUUUAUGGUUUGGUGGUGAUUGUAAAGAUUUUACAAUAUGUAUUUUAGAUUUGUCGAAGAAGAUGGUAAUGAACCUAAAUAUUUAGAAGCAGUCAUUGAGAUGACAAACUCUGAACGUUUCACAUUGGAGGUUAGUUUUCUCGACGUUGAAAAAUUCAAUCAAAAUCUUGCCAUCACAAUUCUAGAAGAAUAUUAUAGGUGAGACAUAUAUUUGCGUACACAUUUAACAUCCAAUUUUAUAUUUUUGUAAUUGUCAAUGUUUUUUUAUUUUUAGGGUAUAUCCUGCGUUGUGCUUGGCAGUUGGUAAUUUUGUUAUUGAUCGUACGGAAGCUACAGGAAAUCACCAAGAUUAUUUUGUGAGCUUUGUAGAUGUUACCACCAGGUUUAAUGUGAGAGAGCUGACAACAUCCAAAAUUGGUGAGUUAGUACGUAUUUCUGGUCAAGUCAUCAGAACACAUCCCGUUCAUCCGGAACUUGUGUCUGGACAUUUUACUUGUCAAGACUGUCAGACAGAUGUACCUAGUGUGGAACAACAGUUCAAAGUGAGUGUUUUUAUUAUAAAUUAUUUAACUAGGUAGGCGUCUAUUAUAUAAAAUAACAACAAACAUUUUUAGAUAUAUCUGAAUGGUAAAAGUAAAAUUACUGGUGAAACGUGGGAUUGUCUGGUGAAUCCUAGGUUAAGUAGUAUUAUUUAAUAAUAAUAUAAACUUAUAAUAACUUACAAUCAACAUGUGAUUUUGUAAUAAUAUUUGAGCAUUAAAAAGAGGAAAAACUAUUAUAUGACAAGCAAAAAAAAAUCUAAAUUACAAAACUCAUUUGGGUUUUGACCAAACUAUUUUGUAAAUUCUUACUUUUGCUGUAACAUAUCUAUCUAAAUCUAAUUAAAUUUGAAGUUAGAUUUAAGUAUUAUCAGUGCUAGAAAUAUUCAUCUACUAGUUGUUCAAUUCUGUGAAUUACAAAAUUUAAACAUAUUUAUGCUAAAAGAGCAAAUAACAUUCUAAAACUAUGUUAAAGACAUUGAUAAUCAUUAAUCAAUUUUUAAAUAACAUUGAUUAUAUUCUUAACACAUGCUUUUGUUUUAUUUUUAGUACACUCAACCAACCAUAUGUCGAAAUCCAGUCUGUGCCAAUAGAAAAAGGUUCACUUUAAAUGUUAAUAAAUCCCGUUUUGUUGAUUUUCAAAAAAUUAGAGUACAAGAAUGUCAGUCAGAACUUCCUCGGGGCAGUAUACCGCGGAGGUAUAUUUUUUAAAUAAUUUUAAUAUGUAUUAUAUUUUAUACAUAGACAUAAUAUGGAUGUUUUGUAAAAAGUUAUGAAAAUGUUUUUCAUUACUUAAACUUAAAAAUAUAAAGAUAAACAGAUGAUAAAUAAUCUAAUUUAAUUCUGUACUUAUAUUUCCAUACUGAAAUUGUUGAAAUAUGUUUUAAAUUUAUUUCAAAUAUUGAAUACAAAUGUUUGUAUCAGUUUUGUUUAUUAUUUAAUUAUUUAUUUAUGCAUUGAUGUAUGUUUUAUUUUUUUUAUUAGUCUUGAAAUUAUCUUAAGAAACGAAAAUGUUGAAACUGUACAAGCUGGAGAUAGAUAUGACUUUACAGGAACACUGAUUGUUGUCCCUGAUGUAAGUGUUAUAUCUACACCAUCUGCAAGAGCUGAAUCUGCUUCUGGGCAAAAAAGAGGAGAUAAUGAAGGUGUCAAAGGACUAAAAUGUUUAGGAAUUAGAGACUUGAAUUACAAGUUGGCAUUUUUAGCAUGCAGUCUAUCUGCAACAAAUUCAAGGGUAUGAAACAAUAUUAAUAUAACUCAAUUUUUUUUUUUUUGUAAAUUGAAUUGUUUUUUUGUUAGUUUGGUGGUACUGGAGAAAUACGUAAUGAUGAAUCAAUUCCUGACUUAAUUGAACGCAUUAAGAAACAAAUGACUGGGCCACAAUGGGAGAAGAUGUACGAAAUGAGCCGUGACCGCAAUUUAUACCAUAAUUUAAUUGAUAGUCUUUUUCCUACAAUUCACGGAAAUGAUCAAAUUAAAAAAGGUUAUUCUUUCAUAUACAAUUUUAAAUUUGUAUUCAAUUUCGAUUUUAAUUUGUAGGUGUGUUAUUAAUGCUUUUUGGAGGAGUGCCUAAAACAACUUUAGAAGGAACUACUCUUCGUGGGGAUAUUAAUUGUUGUAUAGUCGGUGAUCCAAGUACUGCUAAAUCACAGUUACUGAAACAAGUUGCUGAUAUGUGCCCUCGUGCCAUUUAUACUUCUGGCAAAGCUUCUAGUGCUGCUGGUCUUACAGCUGCUGUUGUUAGGGACGAAGAAUCUUUUGAUUUCGUAAUCGAAGCUGGAGCACUUAUGUUAGCGGAUAAUGGUGUGUGUUGUAUAGAUGAGUUUGAUAAAAUGGAUUUACGUGAUCAAGUAGCUAUCCAUGAGGCAAUGGAACAACAGACAAUAUCAAUAGCAAAAGUAAUAUAUUUAAUAUUUGUUUAUUGGAUUUUGGUUUUAUAGCAUUAUAAUAUAUUCUAUUGUGGUUCUACAUUUUCAUCUAUGUAAUUUUAGGCUGGCGUUAGAGCAACACUAAACGCUAGAACAUCAAUAUUAGCAGCAGCCAAUCCUAUUAACGGUCGGUAUGAUCGUAGUAGGUCUUUACAACAAAAUGUAUCUCUCUCAGCUCCAAUUAUGUCACGUUUUGAUUUGUUUUAUGUACUUAUCGAUGAAUGUAGUCAAGUAAGUGAAGAAAAUUGUAAAUUUUUUUUUUCAUUUUAAUUAGUGUUGAAUAUUUACAGGUUGUUGAUUAUUCAAUAGCAAAAAAAAUUGUUGAAAUUCACAGUAAUAUGGAAGAUACAAUUGAAACAUUAUAUAGCCAAGAUGAUAUUUUGUCAUAUAUUAGUUUUGCUCGAAAAUUCAAACCUCAACUCACAGUUGUAAGUAAAAAUCAAAUAUAUAGUUACUCAUAUAAUGUUUAUUUUUAUUGUGAACCAAUUUAAGGAAGCAUCUGAAAAAUUAGUAACUGCUUAUACUCAAUUAAGACAACGUGAUAGCCAAUCUAGUACAAAAUCAACUUGGCGUAUAACAGUACGACAAUUGGAGUCAUUGAUACGUUUAUCUGAAGCUAUGGCCAAAAUGGAAUGUUCAGAUAAUGUGAGGAUUAUUUAAAUUAUUUUUCAAUAUAUUACAGAUAUUAGAUAAUAAGAAAACAAAUAGAUAUAUAAAUUAAAACCUGUAUAAUUAAAUUAGGUGACACCAAAACACGUUUCUGAGGCAUAUAGUUUACUUAAUAAAUCUAUAAUUAGAGUUGAACAGCCUGAUGUCAAUCUGGAUGAUGAUGAAGAUAAUAAUUUAUUGAAUGAUAUACCUGAGUCUGGUAGUAAUUUUAAUUGUUUUCUUAUGAGCUCUGAAGUUAGGUAAUAGAUAUUAACAAUUACUUGUUAUUUAGGAAUGGAUGUUGAUUUUGUUGAUCAACCUGGAAAAGAACAAGGUUUAUCUAAGAAGAAAUAUACUCUAUCUUUCGAGGAGUAUAAGCGUAUUACAAAUAUGCUUGUUGUUUAUAUGAGAAGUGAAGAAGAGAAGCGGAUUGCUGGUAUGUUUUUUGUUUUUUUUUCCUAUCGUGCAAAAAUAUAACUCAUUUACUUUGUUAUGUUUUAGAAACAUCAGAGUCUGAAAAUGGUGGCUUAUUACGUAGUGAAAUAAUCAACUGGUAUUUGGAGAAAAUCGAAGAUCAAAUUAAUGAUGAAUCUGAGCUGCUUGAAAAGAAAAGUUUUAUUGAGAAAAUUUUGGAUCGAUUAAUUUAUAAUGUAAGGAUAUUAAUGCAUUAGUUAUUUGUAAAUGCAUAAUUUAUAUGAUAUUCUGUUCAUUAUUUAAUAGGACAAUGUAUUGAUUGCUUUAUUGCAACAACCAAAGUCCUCACAGACAGAAAACGUAGGUGAAGAAGAAGAUGCUGAAGAUGAUAAUCCUGUUUUAGUAGUUCAUCCUAAUUUUGUUUCAGAAAUUUAGUUAAUUUGAUUGUAAUGCCAUUAAAAGUUUAAUACUUAUGUAUAUAAUUUUAAG